AUGAUCAAAGUAUACAUAGGAUCCACAUUUUAUAAUAUGAAUAUAGUGUUAUCAACUAACAUUUUUUCUUUUAGGGUCUUGCUCAAAGGAAAUCAUUUGGUUUGUCUUUAG